AAUCAUGGCUGAUGGCUUUCCAUAACACCAGCGCUGUUUACCAACCGAUUCUAGCAAGUUUGAGAUAACCUUCCAAGAUAAUUUGGUGUUGAGGUGAAUUCUGAACGAUGCCGAAAUAUUACGAAGACAAAGAGGAGGAUAUCAGAGCAUGCGCAGGCGUCAGAGAGGACUUUAAGGCGUGUCUCCUUCAACAUGACUGCGUGCUAAAGGAGGGAAAGAAGCCCAGUGAGUGUCUGAAGGAAGGCCACUGCAAAUCCCUUCAGACGGUGUUCUUUGAAUGCAAGAGGUCAAUGAUGGACAUGAGGUCAAGGUUCAGAGGGAGAAAAGGAUACUGAGGAGCCAGCUGCUGCAUCUCUGUAGUUUAAUGGAAACCAGAUUUCCAGCUGGAAAUACCAGAGAGGAUUUAAAGACAGCUGUUCAUGUCACAGGACAUCUUUCAGCACUAUAGAUCUGAAGGACACCAAGAAACUGGCAGUGAAAAACCAAAACAUGUAAAAAAAAAAAUUCACAGACGCAUCAGGACAAAUGCAGAACAGAUUGCUCAUUGGUUGGAACAUAUUAUUAGUUAUUCCAGAUAAAUGAAUGUGUGGUAUCUGAUGAAACAAAUAAAAAUGUCUACAUUUUUAUUUCCAUUCAUUCAACCUUUAUUUAAACAG